CUUUGCCCCAUGACGUCGGUCUCUGUGGUGCAGACCUGGCCGGAGGCUGGGGCUGAUCCCGGCAGCCAUGUUCUCCCUGCCAUUCCUCCCCUCCUGGCUCCCCAGCCUCCCCUCCCUCCAGUGGGGCUCCAGCCUCCUCCACUCUGUCCUUCAAGGCCUCAUCGGGGCCAGUGGAGUCUCGGUCCUGAACAGCCUCCUGAAGGUCUACUUCUUUGUGAACUGUGCCAACAACCCCGAGCGGCGGCUGGAGAAGGAGCGGCUGCAGGCCCAGUGGGCUUCGCUGGAGAUGGUGCACCUGGCCGGGCUGGCCCUGAUCCUGACCGUCCUGGGGGCCCGGGUGGCCGCCCUGGUGGUGCUUGAGUUCUCCCUCCGGGCUGUCUCCACACUGCUCUCCCUGGGCAAGGGCUCCGAGGGGGAGAGGCUGCAGCUGUACUUGCUGAGCCAGUACUCACUGGGCUGCGGGCUGACCUGCGGCCUGAGCUUCCUGCAGGAGGGCGCCCCUCGCCGCACCCUGAGCCUGCUGCUGGGCCUCGGGCUGGCCACCCUGCUCAGCGCGGGCGCCCGGCGCCUCUGCCGCCACGCCUGUCAGCUCUACGAGCCUCACCGCCGCCUGCAGCGCUGCGGGGUGUGCCUGGGCCUGCUGGCUGGCGCUCCGCACCUGCCCCAGCUGCUGGCCCGCGCCCUGGCCGUGGCCUUCGCCGUGGGCAACCUGGCGGCCGUGGCCCUCGUCAACCAGGACUUCCCCACCACCUCGGAUGCCGUGCGCUUCUGGAUGCCGCUCGUCAUCUGCUACGCCCUGCUGGUCAUCUACAUGCAGGAGGAACAGCGGCAACACCCCGGCCUGCAGAGCCAGGUCCAGACGUUGCUGGUGCGCAUGGGUGGUCUCUUCGUGCUGCUGCUGACCGUGGGCUGCUGGCUGGACCUCCUGGGAGUCCUCCUGUCCCUGCUGGGUGAGCUCUGGUGCCUGGCAGGCAGCCGCACUCUGCUGGACCUUUGCCAGAUACAGGAUUUUCCAUCCCAGAGGCCUUCGGGGUCAGCUCCAAGGCAGUCCCAGCCCCAGCCCUCAGCAGCUGCCCAGCCCCAGGACACAGCCCCCUCCUGACCUGCCUUAGCAAGGACUUGAAGUCCGUCUUAGGCCCACCCAGGCUCAUCUGGAGG